CAAACCGCAGCCAGGGAGCGAGCGGCAGCCUUGUGCAUUGGCGAUGGCCAUCGUUUCUGAUAGCUACAGGAUUUCCAGGGCAGAGCCUUGGUCUCUGCUUACGAUCAUCUAGCCCGGGUUCCCCGACAGGUCAGAGAAGCGUGGGGCGGGGCCGAGGUUGACUCCUACUGGGAGGAGCCGGGAUGCCGCUCGCGCGCGGUGAUGCAGAGGGGAAUUUGCUGACAGUCCCUUGCCAGGUGGAGCAGGCUUCACAAGGCCUCGAAAAAGGAGGAGGAGGAGGAGGACCCGCCGGCAGUCUCCUCUCAGAGCUUUGAAGGAACCACUUUUGUGGUCAGGAACUGGCGAGACACUGCAGGGUCACCUGGAAACACCUCUUCCCAGGGACUGGUCGAGAACGGGAAGACCUGGGAACAUAGCCUUUCAGCCUGAGCUCUCACCAACACCUGCUGCCCCAGAGUGGGGAGAAUUCCCUGAGUCUGACGGAGACCUUCCACCAGGCUGGGAGCCUGAGUGUGCCCAGGAUGUCUUCCACUCCAGAGGACAUGACCCCAACGCUUCGCAACAUGACGGCAAAUGAGUGUUUUCAGUCCCGGAGCACUGUCCUUCAGGGGCAGCCCUUUGGGGGGAUCCCCACUGUGCUUGUCCUCAACCUCAUCUUAUGGGUGUUCGUUGUGGUGCUCUAUUCCUUCCUCCGGAAAGCUGCAUGGGACUACGGGCGCCUGGCUCUGCUGAUCCACAAUGACAGCCUGACCUCGCUGAUCUAUGGGGAGCAAAGUGAGAAGUCAUCUCCCUCAGAUGCUUCCUUGGAGGCGGAACGCAGGGACAAGGGCUUCUGUUCCUGGUUCUUCAACAGCCUAACCAUGAAGGACCGGGACCUGAUCAGCAAGUGCGGGGAUGAUGCACGCAUCUACAUCAUGUUCCAGUAUCACCUCAUCAUUUAUGUGCUCAUCCUCUGCAUCCCCUCCCUGGGCAUCAUUUUGCCUGUUAACUACAUUGGAACUGUUCUGGAAUGGAAUAGUCACUUUGGCCGGACCACCAUUGUUAAUGUCUCCACAGAGAGUAAGCUGCUGUGGCUGCAUGGUCUCUUCGCUCUCAUGUACUUCCUCAUCAACUUCGCCCUCAUGGGCCAUCACUGUUUGGGAUUUGUGCCCAAGAAGAACCUCAAGAUCACGAGGACACUGAUGAUCACCUAUGUGCCCACGGAUAUCCAGGAUCCAGAGAUCAUCAGCAAGCACUUCCAUGAGGCCUAUCCUGGGUGUAUGGUGACCAGAGUCCAUUUCUGCUAUGAUGUCAGGAACUUGAUUGACUUGGAUGAUCAAAGACGCCACGCCAUGCGGGGCAGGCUGUACUACACGGCCAAGGCUAAGAAGACCGGGAAGGUGAUGAUCAAGAUUCAUCCCUGCUCCCGUCUGUGUUUCUGCAAGUGCUGGACCUGCUUCAAGGAGGUAGAUGCGGAGCAGUAUUACAGUGAGCUGGAGGAGCAGCUGACCGACGAGUUCAAUGCGGAACUCAAUCGUGUCCGGCUGAAGCGGCUUGACCUGAUCUUCGUCACCUUCCAGGAUGCCAGGACAGUCAGACGCAUCUGUGAGGAUUACAAGUACAUCCAGUGUGGCAUGAACCCCAAGCAGUCCUCAGUAACGACCAUCGUCAAAAACUACCACUGGAGGGUCGCUCAUGCCCCUCACCCCAAAGACAUCAUCUGGAAACACCUGUCCAUCCGCCGGUUCAGUUGGUGGGCUCGUUUUAUCUCAAUCAACACCUUCCUGUUCUUCCUCUUCUUCUUCCUCACCACGCCCGCCAUCAUCAUCAACACCAUCGACAUGUACAACGUCACCCGCCCCAUCGAGAACUUGCAGAGCCCAGUUGUGACCCAGUUCUUCCCCUCUGUACUGCUCUGGGCCUUCACGGUGAUACUGCCUCUGGUGGUCUACUUCUCUGCCUUCCUAGAGGCCCACUGGACCAGGUCAAGUCAGAAUAUCAUCAUAGUGCACAAAUGCUACAUCUUUCUGGUGUUUAUGGUGGUCAUUCUGCCCUCCAUGGGGCUGACCAGUUUGAAUGUGUUUUUGCGCUGGCUCUUUGACAUCUACUAUCUUGAACAUGCGACCAUCAGGUUCCAGUGCGUAUUCCUUCCAGACAAUGGUGCAUUCUUCGUCAACUACGUGAUCACAGCUGCUCUGCUCGGCACCGGCAUGGAGCUGAUGCGUCUGGGGUCACUCUGCACGUACUGUACCCGCCUCUUCUUUUCCAGAUCAGAGCCAGAGAGAGUCCACAUCAGAAAGAACCAGGCCAUGGACUUCCAGUUUGGGCGAGAAUAUGCGUGGAUGCUGAACGUCUUCAGCGUGGUGAUGGCAUAUAGCAUCACGUGCCCUAUAAUUGUCCCUUUUGGGCUGCUCUAUUUGUGCAUGAAGCAUCUCACAGACCGUUAUAACAUGUACUACUCCUACGCACCCACCAAACUGAAUGAGCAGAUCCACAUGGCUGCCGUCUACCAGGCCAUUUUCGCACCACUCUUGGGGCUCUUCUGGAUGCUCUUCUUCUCCAUCCUGCGAGUAGGUACCCACACCAUCACUUUCUUCUCCUUGUCCUCCCUCAUAUUCUCCGUGAUGAUUGCCUUUUCUGGAAUUUUUCUGGGGAAGCUCCGGGUUGUCCGUAAGUAUGAGCCUGAGGAAGAAGCCGAGACUGUCUUUGAUGUGGAGCCAAGCAGCACGACCUCCACACCCACCUCCCUUCUGUACGUGGCCACCGUGCUACAGGAGCCGGAGCUGAACCUGACCCCUGCCUCCUCCCCAGCCCGGCACACGUAUGGCACCAUGAACAGCCAGCCCGAAGAGGGAGAAGAGGAGAGCGGUCUGAGGGGCUUUGCGAGGGAGCUGGACUCAGCUCAGUUCCAGGAAGGGCUGGAAUUGGAGGGCCAGAGCCACUGAUUAGGACUCCAGUCAGGGGACCAGGGGAGAGCCUGGUGGAGGGAGACAGGAAGGAGCUCCCUUCCGUAGACUUUGAGAAGCUCCUGAUGGAGACAUCUGCCAUCCUGUGGUCACGUGAAGAGCCGGGCCUGCUGACCGGCUGGAAAGGGUGGGAGGCUGGGUAAUCCUGAGGACCCAGGGAUGCGGUGGAGGAAGCAUUCCACCAUGUUUCUGGGAGCAGUGGCUGAAAGUCCAGGACACAAGAGACUGAAUGCUGUGUGUCUUGCUGGGGUCCAGCUGGUGAAAGUAUGCAUAAGGGAAGAGGUAGGCCCACCGAAGGCUUUCUGAGGGCUUCAUCACCCCUACUCCAGCUGCCCAUCAAAGGUGGUCGCUCCUGACCCCAGUCCUCCACUGCAGUCUGAACAGACAAAGGUAUGUGUACUGGGCCUUGUGGAGGAGACCCAGGUGGCUGUCUCGUGACAGGUUUCCCUGCAGAGCAUCUAGAAACUCUGUACCUCACCCCCUGAGCAAGGGGCAGCUGGGACAACCCUGGGAAGAGACUGACCCUUCCCUGUUUCUCUGCCCUGCUAUCUACUCCUAAGGGUAGUUACUGGGGCAGUGACUCAAGUUCAUUAAAGGAGACCUUCAUGCAUGUGGUGAAGGAAACCAUGGCUAAUCCUUGCUGGUUGAUUUAAGGGUGUGUGUGUGUGUGUGUGUGUGUGUGUGUGUGGUGUGUAGGAGGGCAUAGAGUUCAGGAAAAAAAGGUCUUCUUUCCAAAUGUGGGCCAUGGAAGUGAGACACACCUCUCUAAGCCCCAAGGAAAAAGGAAAAGGUCCCCCAAAGCCUCGAGGCGGCCACCAAGAGCAUCCUCUGCCACAUGUAUUUGAACGCUGUGCCCCAGCAUGACCAAGACUGGAGACAGCCCAGGCUGCAAACUGAAGGCACUGGCUACCCCUGCCCUCAGAAGCUGCCCUGCCUGGCCUCCAGUGUGGUACUGGCUAAACGUUUCAGAUGCUCCACAAAGUGCUGUCACCCUAGUCCUGGCGGGGUUAGGUGGAGGAGGAGUGAUGGGUGCAUCCCCCCAUGGAGAAGACCCUUCUGGUGGGCCAGCUGCUUCCCCAGAUCUGCCUCCAACCGGAGCAGCAAACCUCUGCAAUGCUGGAGACUCAGCACCUCUGCCUCUUUCUGAGGUGUUCCCACUUCUGCCUCUGAAGACAGGGCAUUGUCAGGCCUGCCAUGAGGCCUGAGCCACCUGAACCAAGGGGUCCGUAGGCCAUAGAGCCUCUGAAGCUCCUCCCCAGAUAUCUGGGUCCCUCUUUGCUGCCCGUUCACUACAGGUGGGUCCACUCUCAUUCCACCUCAGUGUCUCCACCCAGGUACAUGGCUGCCCUGAACUCAGACAGAUCCACCUGCCUCUGCUCCACCUCUGUCCCACCCCCCCCAGCCCCACAGUUCCAAACUUCACUCCAGGGCAGAAACGGUUGCUCACGGGGCAAGUAGAGUCACACUCCAGGACUUGGUCCCAAACAUUAGCACGGUGAUCUUUGCUGAGGGCUUGAGUCCGCGGGGACAGGCUACCUCCAUUCCUUGUUGAGCUUGGGAUAAGGGGGAAAUUACAUACAGCCAGGCCCUUACAUACUCCAGCACCCCAGGCUCCUCACCCCUGGGAUCUCAUCAACCAGGGAAAGAACUUUUUUCAUAGCAGGAUGAUGUCAGGUCCAACCUCCAGCUCUCCCCAAAGUGGGGAGUGACAGUCCAACCCCCACAAUGUGUAUUUGGUAUGUAGUGAUUUGGAGUGCAACCAGAACCGAGACCAGGGCCUUUUCUCUGGGCACUGCUUGCUGGCGCCUGCCCCAGAUCUCUGCAGCUCUGUCUGCUGCUGCUGGCCCUCCCACCUACCCCCCACCCACUGCAACCGAUGGAUGCUUCAGGUACAAGGGGUCCUAUAGACAACAGGGCAGGAGAGCUGGAGGGCUCCGUCCUCUGAAUUUGGGUCAAAUGUAGCCUGGUUCUGAUACGAGUGUUGGGCAAGUGGUAGAGUCCACUCUGCUCUUCCAGGGGCUGUCCACCUGGCUGGACCUUGACUUUGUAAGGUCACCAGAGCCCAGGCUCCUUCAUCUUACACAUGCCGAUGGCUUUCAGGCCCUCCUCAGCACCUGCUGUCCCAGCCCACUGGUCAUCAUCCUACCCUAACCCACUCUUAGUCCAUCCACUCUGAUCCCUUCUGGAGAGAGAUGCCUCCCAGGAAACCCAGAUAUCACCUCUCAGAGGCGACCCUUCCUGGGCUUGGAGCAGCCUCACCCCUGCCUGCCUGUCCCUAAGCUGCAUCUGGAAGCAAAGUGCCUAUCAGCAGCAUUGCAUCCUCUGGGGGCCCGGGAGGGGUGUGGACUAACCAUGGCCACUACCACUAAAGGAAUGUGCCGAAUGCUGAACCUUCUUGUUAUUAAUGUAUGACUGUGCCUUGAAUAAACAAGUCCUCCUAAUCUC